AUGAAACCAUCGGUCAAAGGCUCCUUCAAGGCCAAGGCCUCCUCAAGCCAUACUACCACCCAUAAUACCACGGCUCCCAUCUUCACCGUCUCAAAGUCGGAAAUCGUUGAGCAGCGCGGCAAGGCCAUCUCGACACGCCUUGGCAUUCAAAUCUCGACCUGGGAGAUGAGAACCACGCAACCGGAUGAGACGGUGCUUCGCCAGGACAAACCAGUCAGCCUUCGUCUCCGCUGGUAUUGUCACCGAUGCAAUAGCGACAUCAACUCGCAGGGAUCAUGUUCCAACUGCGCUCAUGUCCGCUGCAGGAUAUGUAUCCGUCUUCCGGGAGACCAUGAUGUAGAUGACGAUGCAGUUGGUAUGAUACCAACCCAGAGCCGCUACCAAGCCAACGAUGAGGGCUACCAUGUCCCCGGUUCCGAUCGUACUGCCGCUGGUAUCGUUCGUCAAAGACGCAGCAAUACUGGUGGGCACGAUCUAGUUCUCAGAAAGCCCCGUCACCGAGUAAGGCGGACUUGCCAUGUCUGCAAAACCGACUUCGCCCAGCUUGGCCAGACAAUUUGCGACAAGUGCGAACAUGUUCGCUGUUCGGACUGUCCUCGAGACCCACCGAAACGCAGCAAAUACCCGUUCGGCUAUCCUGGUGAUGUGUUCGGUCCCAACAGCAUCCCCUACUACGAAUGCAUCAAAUGCUGGGCGUUGUACCCUCCACAUACAGAGAACGGCACUCCUUGCAGGAGGUGUGGCGAAAAGAAGUCGGAUAGCUCAUCCCGGGCCCAACCGCGCGCCGUCGACCCAGACUACGAUCCAAAUUUCUUGCUGAAGCUCGAGGCAAAGCUCGAUGCGCUCCAGGCGCAAGGUGCGGAUCCUUUUCUAGAUCCAUAG